AAAACCGUACCCCCCGCAGUGGAGGAGCGUUUCGUGGGCUUUCGUUGAAAGAGCGAGUUGCGUUGCUUGGGAAGGGAAAGGGCAAGCAGGUAAAAGGGCAGAGAGAGAGAGAGAGAGAGAGAGAGAGAGAGAGAGAGAGAGAAUGUCGGUGUCCGCUUCCUCACAGGGUGGCGGCAUCCAAACCGCGUCGGCCGUGAACUCGCACAGGAUACAUGCUCUCGCAGACCGUUUGGCCCACCACUUCAAGAAUGGGAUUCGCUCUGAACCCACCGAUUUCUUCUACACUUGCCUCCACUUAGCCAAUAAGCUUGACAAGAUUGCCUUUGCUGAAUGCAGAGGUAUUGAUCAUGCAGUUACGCACAAUGAGGUUCCCCCAAUUGCCCAUGAUUUACCUUCUCUCAUAAAACAGGUGUAUAAACGUAAGAAUGAGGCCAUCCUUCAGUCAGCUAUUAUGCUCCUAAUGAUUUCUGUCAAGAAUGCUUGUAGGAAUGGAUGGUUUGAGGUCACUGAUGCCGAUGAACUUCUUGCCCUGGCAAAUGAGAUAUCAAGCACCUUUUGUGGAGCCGAGAAUAUUACUGUUGAACCAACUGAUGCUCAGCAUAUCAUUUCAAAAGUUAUGCCAAGGUUCUAUCCGCAAAUGAAGAUGGACCAUAUAAUUGUGUCCCUGAAAGCCCAGCCUGGGUAUGAUAUUUUGGUGGCUGAUUUUCAUAUAUCUAAGAGCAUGCCGCCAACCAGACAAGAGAGAAUACGUUUGUUUGUGGUUCAAACAGACAAUAUGGAGACAUCCUCUUGCAUUACAAGUCCACCACAAGUGAAUUUCUUGUUAAAUGGAAAAGGUGUAGAGAGAAGGACUAAUGUUUCAAUGGACAGUGGACCACAAUUUCCAACAGAUGUAACUACAAUGCUUAGAUAUGGAACGAAUCUUAUACAGGCUAUUGGGUAUUUUAAUGGUAACUAUAUUAUAGCAAUAGUAUAUAUGAGCUCAGUACCAUCCCCUGAUCCUAUGGUACUUCAAGAUUAUAUCCAACCUGCUGCGGCGGAUCUUGCAUCAGUAGAUGCUGAGAUAAUUGAGGGGCCAUCAAGAAUAUCGGUUAAUUGUCCUAUAAGCUAUAAACGUAUCAAUACUCCUGUUAAAGGACACCUCUGUAGACACCAUCAGUGUUUUGAUUAUGAUAACUACAUGGAGAUUAACUCAAGAAAGCCAUCGUGGCGCUGCCCUCACUGUAACCAGCCUGUUAGCUGCACCGACUUGCGUAUUGAUCGAAAUAUGGUUAAGGUAUUGAGAGAGGUAGGAGCAGAUGUCGCCGAUGUGCUUAUCUCAGCAGAUGGGUCUUGGGAGGUUGUUGCUGAAUAUGAUGGCCACCCUGAUCAACUGCCUGACAGGUCACUUACGGGCCAGCAAGAUGGAUUAGAGCACUGUGAACCUAAGAGGUUUCAAAAUAUUGUAGCUAAUGUUGUGGAUCUGACCAUGGAAGAAACAGAUGGCAUCAAUGUCGUGAGAAGUUCUACGGCAACAGAAGCUUUGAUGGGCUAUGGAAACGAGAGUUUCACAAAUUCCUGUGACACUGAAGAUAGAAAACCUUUUCAAGAUGCUCUUGAAGGUUUGCCUGUUACCGAAAAUCUUUCUGAGUCAGCAGUUGUCAACAGUACCUUAGAGACGGUUCAAGAAGCUUCUUUUCAAACAGUACAUGAUUUCUGGUCGAGGAUUUUAUCAUCAGUUUCUGCAUCUAAUGGAUCAGUAGUCUCCACUACCGGGAUGGAUGAGUACUUAUCCAUGGAAUCUAUGCUGGCACCUGUUCUAACAGAUGCUGUUUCCCCUGCACUUAAUCGCGUGCCCAUGGAUGGCUGCAGCCUUACUCAAUCAGCAACCGUUUCCCAGAAUGUGCCACAAGUUGGGCAAAUUGUAGCCACUGAAAACUUGCAGUUACAACAGCCACGAUUUGGAAAUUCAAUUGUCAUCGGUGAAACUGAGAGGCCAUCGAUAUCAAGACAUGUCAGUAGAGUUCCUGUUGCAAUUCAGGCCCUUCCAGCCCAGACACAAGUACCCAAUUUACAUCAUUUGAGGGCACGUGCAAAUGUACUGAGUGCAAAUCCUAUGAUUGCCAAUGGCAACCCUCCUAAUGUUCCUCAAUCAUCCCCGUCCGUGGCAGCCAAUCAAGAUGGUUUCAAUGUGAACCAGGAUGUUGAGGAUGUUCAUUAUGUUCCAAAUCAAUCAUUCCAAGUUGGUGCAAGAACAUCCUCAGAGCAGCAAAGAACGGGUUCCUAUGGAGCUUCCAUUGGAGUUUCUCCUGGCCACCAGAAUACCCACCAUCAGCGAUCUGCACACCUAAGAGUUCCUCAAACCAUCAGCCAACCUGCAAAUGUGGUUCAACAAUUUUCUCGUUUCCCUUCAAUGCAUGUUCAGCCGUCAGCUCAAGGUGUCGUUGGUCUGGCAGCGGCAGGCACAACGGACCACCACACUCGACUUAUGAUUCCUCACCACCCCUCGCAGAUGGCAAGGCCUACUGGAGUGACAUCUCAACUGCAGACUGCUAGAUCAGCUUCUUCUUACACAGCUCCCGAUGGUUUCAGACUAUCCUUUGGGGAGCAUAGACGGAAUUUGGGUAGUGGGACACAAUCAAUUCCUAUUGCUGAGAGUUUCCCGGAAAUGCCAUCAGAGCAGAACUGGCGGCCUACAGGACGGAUGAGGGGGAGCCUUGCUGGAAGGGCUUAUUCUGCAGCUCUCAGCCAAUUCAUGGUUCAGCCAACCAACCCUGUACAAGCCAGGGCACCCAUCACCACAAUGGCCGCCAUCAGUUCAGAGCAACUGCAGGUGCAUAUUUCCAACAGCAUCCAUGCCAAUGGACAGUCCCAGGCAUACUCAACAGUUGGUCCUGCAGACAGGUCUGGGAGCUCGAGCAUCCUACCUGAGCAAUCAUCGAUGCUUUAAUUAAAUUCACAUGCUAUCGGGGGUAGGACCGCAUCAGAACCUAUUGACAAGAUAAAAGUAUCGUCCUUCACAAUCAUACAUGUAAAUACUAUGACCAUUUUUGUAUCCCAAGGUCAUUAAUUUUUGUAAAGAGUUUUCCAGGGCUGUUGGAUGGUAUGUGAGAUUAUGAACUGGAGAAGAUAAAAUGGCUAUUUUUUGUUGUUGUUGUACGGAUUGGGUUCUGAAUUAGCGACGUUGAGGUGCAGAUGGUUUCCUGUGUUUUUGGUUAGGCGUUUGUUUUAAAUGAUUAUUGGGAUUGGUUAGUGGUAUCUGUAAAUGAAGUGCCACCAGAGAAGGCAACUACAGGGGCUUUUAACAAAUAUCAAAAUAUUGCCACGAAAGUAAUUUUCA